AUUAUAAUAUAGAUAAAUUAAAAUAAAAUUUAAGAAUCACAUUGAAAUCGACAAUAUAGGUUAUUAUUUCUAAAGUUCACUACAAAAAUGACAACCUCGAAAGAAUUAAACAUCGCCAGGAAAAGUCUCGUAGCUUCACUUGGUGAAAACGCAAAAGUAUACUUUGAAAAAAUGAAACUUUGGUUUCAAAUGAAGACAACAAAGGAAGAAUUUGAUUGUGAAGCAAGAAAUAUUAUGACAGAAGAUCAAGUUCAUCUUCAUAAUGAAUUUCUUCUUUGCUUAUUUAAUAAAGUGAGAGGCUUAGCUGCUGCAACACCUAUUCGAAAAUUAGAUCGUGAUAAAGCUAUAAAAGAAAAGAGACUAAGAUUGAAACGCAAAUACAAAACUGAUAAAUCAAAUUUUGAGCCUGCAGAUAUGUAUGUCGAAGUAUUGAGUCAAACUUCAUCCCCUGUUGGAGAUGAACCUAUUGGAGCAAAUCGCUCUAGUGCUCAGGAGCUUGUACUACCAGAUAGAACUUUUGUUUUAGCAAGAUUAAUGCUUGCAGCAUGGGAAAAUAAUAUGGAUGGAGCAGAAGAAAAUACUGCACAUAUAGUUAUAGCAGCAACACAGAUUUUUUUAAAGAAUAUACUUACAGCAAUAUUUACACGGAGAAAAGGCUACACUGUUAGAGAUGGUUCAUUUAUUUAUAGUAUUGGAGAACCAGUACCUAGUUCAUGGAAAAGAAAUUCCACUCACAUAUUGAGAACUUCAGAUCAUACUGCAACAGAAAUAGUAGAUCCUUAUGGCCAAGUGCCUAUAAUAAAACCAAAUAUCGAAGAAGCAGAACAGACAACAGCUUUUGCUUAUGCAUGUUCUCCACAAACUAUUCCACCAUCAUUAAAACCUAUUAAUACAGCUGAUUUACAAUAUACAUUAAAGAUGUAUAAAAAUCUUGUUAGUAAUCACACUAUUUAUGCAACUAAUAUGGAACGUUUAUUUACAUAUGCGACGCAUCCAACAUGGGAAGACCUUGAAGCUAAAAAGUUAUCAUGUCACCAAUCUACAAUAUAA